AUGUCCACCUACUCGGACAACUGCCCGGGCGGCAACUCGGAUCUGUACGGAAUCGGCGUCCGCGUCGGCCUCUACGCGCAAUGGGUCGCUACGCUGCUCGCGACCCUCUUCGAUCCCAAGACUGAGGGCACGUACCGCAUCGCCAACCUCAUCAUCCAGUGGUCCAUCUUCCUGGGCCUCUGCACACAAUCCAGCGCCGGCGACCCCGUCAUCGGCGCUGUCAUCACACAGUACCUGCUGUUCGGCUCAUUGUCCAGCUUGACUGGCGAUGGCAUCAGUCACUUGAGCCACUUUUCAGGCAUCUUUCGCAUCGUAUUCUACACAGCCGUGUCUUCAUACGGAUGCUGGUUCUGGUUUAAUGGAAUAGAUGACAUGACGGUGGAGGUAUGCCAUGACACUGCCUUCUUUGGCAGCAUCAGCCUCUAUGGAGGGUUCCGCACCGUGGGCAAGGUGUUCUCUGUGCUAGGACUUAUAGUGUGCGUCAUUUCGCUCAUCUACAGCGUCUUUGCGACUACAAGGAGAUUCAAGGACGGCUUUCGAAAUGGCUUCGAGGCCAAGGAAAAGACGCGUCCGCAGGUGGAACUGGUGCUGCUGCUUCUGUCCAUGGCCUUGAUUGGCAUAUCCAUCUACCUGGUCGAACACCUGAUCCAGAUCAAUGAGAUCACGGGUGUCGACGUCGGACAGAUCAACACCGUCGGACAGUUGAUUCCGCUGCUUGCGGGUGGACUGGCGUGUGUAUUGACUAUGUGGAGGAUUGUGACUCACCGGCUGUUUAUGAGGAAGAGAUGCUGGUUCCUGUUUGGCUACCACCUGUGAUUGAAGCUCUUUUGCGGUGUUUUCUUCUUACGGCUAUUACGGAUGGAUGAUUUGAUGAAAGCGAUACCAUUUCUGGGUUUAUGAUGUUUGGAUGGAAAUACAUGGUUAAUGGUUAGAAUAUAGUUUUUGGCUUAUACG